AUGGCGUUUCAGGAGAUCCUGGAGAGAAUAGGGGGCAUGGGACGUUUUCAGAUCAUACAUGUCAUCCUGCUGUCCCUGCCUGUGUUCAUGUUGGCAAGCCACAACCUCAUGCAGAACUUCACAGCAGCUAUUCCCAAACAUCGCUGCCGACUCAACGACUCAUGGGAGGACGGCAAUUUUACAACAACUUGGCAGCAUGCCUUUAUUCCAGUGGGCUCUAAUGGAAAGCUCUCUAGCUGCUUGAGGUAUACAAACUCUCAAUUUCAUUUGCUCAAUGAAGGCAAUACUAGUGACAUAGAGACAGAGAUGUGUGUAGAUGGCUGGAUCUACGAUGACAGCGAGUUCUCGGCAACUAUCAUAAACCAGUGGGAUCUGGUCUGUACUCGUCGCAGAAUGAGGCAGCUGGCUCAGUCCAUUUACAUGGCAGGUGUACUGGUUGGGUCCAUUGUGUUUGGGGGUCUUUCAGACAAAUUUGGACGCAGACCGUUGAAUAUCUGGUCAAAUCUUCAGAUGUUCGUAUCUGGAUUGUGUGCAGCAUUUGCUCCUAACUACAUUGUGUACUGUGCGUUCCGUUUCCUGACUGGGGUAGCGCUUUCUGGCAUUGUUCUCAAUUCCUAUUCUUUGAUUGUGGAAUGGAUCCCCACACAAUGUCGAGCCUUCACCAGUACUGCCACAGGAUACUGUUAUACGAUUGGUCAACUAGUUUUAGUGGGACUGGCUUAUCUGAUCCAGGACUGGCGCAUGCUACAGUUGGCUUCAUCUAUUCCAUUCUUCAUCUACUUUUUAUAUGCAUGGUUCCUCCCUGAGUCCUGCCGCUGGCUUGUUCUUAGUGGCAAAUAUGAGCAAGCAAUAAAAGACCUGAAGAAAGUGGCCACGAUUAAUGGGAAGGCGGAAGAGGUGGAAAAACUUACUGUGGAGACAAUUAAAUAUGAAAUGCAAAAGGAAAUAAAUGCAGCUCGUACGACUAAUUAUUCCGUGUUAGAUCUGGUUAGAACACCUGUGAUUCGUCAGAUAUCAUUUUGUAUAUGUUGUACUUGGUUCUCCACCAGUUUUGCCUACUAUGGUCUGGCCAUGGACCUUCAGAAAUUUGGGGUCAGCAUUUACAUCAUUCAGAUCAUCUUUGGGACAGUUGAUAUCCCAGCUAAGUUUAUAUCCUACUUCGUGAUGACUUAUUUGGGGCGUCGUGUUCUGCAAGCUGGUAGUCUGUUCUUAGCUGGUGCUGCCAUCUUAGUAAAUAUCUUUGUUCCUGAAGAGCUUCAUCUUGUGCGUACGUCAAUAACUGUCUUUGGGAAGGGGUGUCUGGCAGCAUCAUUCACGUGUGCUUUCCUGUACACAGGUGAAUUGUACCCAACUGUGAUCAGGCAGUCUGGUAUGGGACUGGGUACCAUGAUGGCACGGCUUGGAGGAAUAGUGGCGCCACUCAUUCAGAUCACUGCAGAUUAUUACAUUCAUCUUCCUCUCAUUAUUUAUAGCUGCAGUCCCAUAGUUUCUGGCAUUGCCGCCUGCUUCCUUCCAGAAACGCUUGGCAUACCGCUCCCUGAGACCAUACAAGACGUGGAGAGUCUAAAGGCUGCACCCAGGCUGAGAUGGGGUGAUUGCCAGUGGGUGGAGCCUUACCUCACUGCAGGGUAUAAAAGAGCUGUCAAGUUUGAGCAACUGCGAUCAAAUCUGGCCAGCACGGUUCCUCCUUCUGCUCUCGAGUCAGCUGAUGAGGCAUGCAGAAAUCUUGUUCAGAACAAGCUUUUCAUGGAGUAUCAAGCAGAUGGAUCCCUAUGA